AUGUUCGACGAGUACCGCAUCUCAAGAGCAAAUUGGCUCAUCAAUGUCAUAAACCAUCUCAUGUCCUCCACGCCACCUUACGAAAUCGACGGUUACCCAGACAGGUGUAAACUAACUCACGACGCAGAUGAUCGCAGCUCCGUGGAGAACAGCUGGCAACUAAUAUUCCGAGCCGAUAACGUCGAGAAAUGUAGCCGAUUAAGUCAUAGGGAUAAGCGUAUCUACUUAUCACUUCUGCUUACUGCAGUUAGCUUUUUACUAGAGUGA